AUGAUCCAUCAAUAAAUUGAGGAUGAAUACAUAGGAGAGAAGCGAGAGACGAGUUCUUCUCCUGAAAGGAGUGACAAAAAGAGAAAAGAUUAAAUAAAUGGGAAUCAUCAUAAUAUUUAUCAUAGCAAUUUGAAAAACUAAAAUGACUAUUAUUAAAAUAACAGCAAUCAUAAACUAAGUAAUGGAAAUGGGUAUGAUAUGGUUGUUGAAUAGAACUAAAGAAACGAAUUUGAUUAAGUUUAAUAAAACUCAUUUGAAAGUGAUAUAUCGAAAGGUGAUCAUGAUUAAUUGAUAGAAGAAAACGGAGAUAGAACAACUAUUGAUGCUUAAAAUAUAAACAAACUCAAUUUGUCCUAGUAGGGAGAGUUAUAUUCUGAGGACUUAGAGGCUAAUAUUUAGAAGGCUGCAUUAUAAGUGCCGUACUCAUCCUAAAAAGAUUAAUAUUUGAGCUUGAAAGAUAUAAAAUUGUUGUCAUUCCUAGUGUUUUGUGUUAAUUAUGGGUUUUCUAUUGAAAUGGUAUUUAUUUCUCCUUUCUUUUUCAAAGUUAACACUCCUGAUAUUCUUGAUACAGUCAUUUGGCUUAUUCCACCAUUAAUAGAAAAAUUACUAUUUCCUGUAAUUUCAGUUCCAUUAAAAAAGAAGACUGUUAAUAUGCUAAAAUAUAGAAAGCUAUUUAUAUUACUUUUUAGUGCUUUAAGUAUAAUCGGUUUACUGCUCAUGGGUUUCUCUAGAUACAUCACAGCUAAUUGGAUAACUCUUUUUGAUAAUGCCAAAACAUCGAUUAUGCUUCUCGGAGUGUUUGGCUUCAUGUUUUAAGACAUAGGUCAUGAUAUAAUCAUAGCAAUUAUUAAUUAAUAUUAAAAUGACUGCAUUAAAGAUGAGGAUUAAGAUUACUGUGAAUUUUAAUUUGCAUUUGCAAGCUCCGCAGGAAAAAUAGCUGCAUUUUUGAUUAGCAGUGUAUUAGCGUUCAACAUCGAUGUUUGGGAUGUUCAAAAUUUCAUGGAAAAUCUAACUUUUUCUUACUCAGUAGGAGGAAUUCUUAUGUUUUUUGGUUUUUUGUAUUCAUUUUAAGGAUUGAGAACAAAUCAAAUGAGAAUUUCUUAAAAUCAUCAAAUGGAGUCUUUGCAACCUAUUUAUUCUAUUUAAAAUAUAUUGCCAUCGAUUUAUGAAAUAAAAAAUAUGCAACCUUAAUAAAAGUGUUUGGUGUUUUCACACUUUUUGAUGUGUGGUAAUCUUCUUUUAAUAAAUAUUUAUGCUACUUUAUGGAUGGGUGUAACUUUGCAGCAAAGCAACAGCAAGUACAAUGUUGAUUCUAACAAAGUUAGAGAUUAUUUAUUUGAUUUGGGAAUCAGCUGGGGAGCUUUAGUAUUAUGUGCAGCUGCUUUCUUAUAUUAUAUCAGUAGCAGAUAUGUUUAGUAGUUGCAAUCAGCAAAAAGAUAAAAACAAUUUUUAUUUUUCAGUAACUUUGCUCUGAACCUUUCUUUUAUAUAUACUUAUUUUACUGGUAGUUUCUAUUCUUCUUGCAUAAGUUUACUCCUUUGGGGAGUAGCUUAAGCCUCUUUUGACUAUAUACCGUCUAAAAUCUGCUCUCAUUUAGAAUUUCACUAUAAAAUAAGUAAUAAAGUAAGUAGUGAGCUAUUAGAUUUGAGCUACUUCUUUUGUUAAAUAUUGUUCUGGUUCAUUAUGCCAGCUAUAUUUCUUUUGUUCUAAGAAUUCAUAGAUGAUAUAUAAUUCAGUCUUUUUUAAGGUUCCUUUUUCGGUUUGAUAGGAUCCAUUCUUGUUCUCUUUAUUUCUUGA